AUGGCUUCAGGAAAAGACACCUGUCCUAUCUUACCUAAACUGGCCAACAACUGCUCAGAUGAGAAGUCACAGAAGCCUGAUAAUAAGAAUAGUGAGGUUCAUUUGCCACGAUUUUCAUUAAAGCAAGGGAUGAUCCCAAGACGUUACACUAUGCCUUGGAAAGAAAAUAUGGAAUUCAGGAGUGUGAAUCUGAAGCAUGCCCAAGCCUGUGGGAUCCACGCUGGCCCUUUGGAAGACUCGCUGUUUUUGAAUCACAGUGAAAGGCUCUGCCAUGGGGAAGACCGAAAAGUGGUCUUAAAGAAAGGCCCAUCGAAAAUAAAAAUUGCAGACAUGCCUAUGCAUUCGCCUCUCUCCAGAUACCAGAGCACCAUGAUUUCCCAUGGCUUCAGGAGACGGCUGGUUUGA